AUGGCGCCACGAAUACCGCGCGAUAACCAAGGCGUGACGUCCUCACCUGCUUCGCAAGGUCUGGCCGCUCGCGUCAGAAGCGCCAGAUUGUCAUCUUCACCAGAAGCGGAAAUACUCGGCACUGCCCAGCGUGCUCGUGCAAGACGCGCCAGUCACGACGCGACACAUGAGCCUCCUCGCAAGAAGCCAGCCUCGAGAUCAGAGCGGACGCCGCCGACGAGAAGCAAGCCAGCGUUGGCUUUGUCAUCCUCGCCAGCGUCUACAACGAAUAGUGCAAAACGUGCUCGGAAAGCGCUGGACGUUCUGGAUCUGGAGCAGAAUGGUGAUCGUGCUCAGCUGGCGCAAACGACGCCUGCUAAAUCAAAGGCGGGCAACAAUGCCAGAUCGACGCCGAACAAAAGCAACGGAGCAAAUCCGCCUGCGAGCGCUGCUAGUCCCCGCAAACGGGCAAAGACAACGCGCGAGGAACCUAUUUUGAUCUCUGAUGAAUCGUCCAUAGAGGAUGACCUAGACGAUGCAUCGGUUGUGCCUGCCGAAGCCGAGAAACCCGUGCAACCAACAAUGUACCGCCACACACGCUCUGCUAGCGCAAAAGCAGCAGCCAUCAUGACAUCUCCAGACGACACUCGCACGCUCACGAACCUCGAUACGAAACCCUCUCGCAUAGCCAUGCCUCCCCCACUCAUGCCGAGCGAGACAGCAUCUACGAACGGCGCCUAUCAGACAGCUCUAUCCUUCUCACAGCCCGCUGUUGCGCCACGCCAGCCCUCGACUUUGCCUCUGGAUGAGACUUUCGUCGGCCAACCGCCGGAGCUCACGCCUACCGAUGAGAUGUUCACGGCAUCUCAGAUACCCGAAAACACGCAACCCAGCGCUGCGCCCUCAUAUUCUCAGCAAACACCUUCAGCAGUAGAGAUUGAGCAACCUUUGCCCGCGACGUCUUGGGCAUGGGGCAUGCUCGUGGCAGCCCAGCGUGACUUGAGCGCACCCAAUCAUCAUUGCCAGGAUGUCUUGCUACCGCGUACACGGGACGAGUUCUCCAUCGGACGGAAACUGCAAUCGCACAUUAGCAAAAGGCUUAAUCCGAAUGCGCGCGUUGAUAUUCAAAUCAAUGGCGUAGAGCUGUCUGCUCGACAUUGCCGUAUCUGGCGUCAGACCGUGGCCAGCAGCCUGGGUACCUCUACUGCUGGUGGUCUAUACAGCUACACCAACUUGACCGUGCUCGACAACGAGCCUCGAGCUGCGUUAGCGUUCCGGUUGGAGGAUCUUUCGAAGAAUGGCACUUUUGUCAAUAACCAGCUCGUCGGCCACGGCGUCAAGGUUGAGCUUCAUGAUGGCGACCUCAUUCGGUUCGGGUCAGAUACAGCUGGGAAGAUCUUUGAGUAUCGGUGGAUCACCUUCGACCCACCUGCUGUUCGCGAUGAGAAUCCGAGAGGUGGGUUCACUGCAGCGUAUCAAGUAGCGAACGAUAUCGGCAAAGGAACAUUCGCUAUCGUCAAACGAUGCAUUCACCGCGCAACAGGUGACUGGCGGGCUGUGAAGAUCAUCAACAAGAAGAAGCAUCUGCGCGAUCCGAAAACACUCGAGAUGUUCGAGCGGGAGCUUGAUAUCGUGAAACGUCUUGACCACGACUAUAUCGUCAAAUUCUAUGAGCAAUUUGAGGAUCAAGAACAUAUCUACCUGAUCCUCGAGCAUAUUGCCGGGGGUGAUCUACUCGACUAUGUCAUUGCGCGGGACGGAAUGGAGGAAAGCGAUGUUGCCGAAGUGACGCGUAUGAUCUGCUCGGGUGUUGCCUAUCUCCAUCAAUGCGGCAUCGUCCAUCGGGAUCUCAAGCCCGACAACCUACUGCUCACACGGGACGAGCAUCCGGUCUGCAAGAUAUCAGACUUUGGCCUUGCACGGAUGUUUGAAGCGGGCGUUGACCUCACGACGCAAUGUGGCACUGCCAAUUAUCUGGCGCCAGAGGUACUCAUAUAUCGCAACGGCAAGGCCGGCUACGAUCAGGCCGUUGAUGCUUGGUCGAUCGGCGUCAUCGUUUAUGCUUGUCUGUCAAAUGCUUCCCCUUUCGUUGAGGAUACAAAGGAAGAUAUCUACCUUCGCAUGCCGAGACGAUCACCGGACGUGUCGCUGCUUCGAAAGCAAGGCACAUCCGAGCUCGCAGUCGAGUUCAUCCAACGCUUGCUGCAGCACGAUCCAGAACGUCGUAUGACAGUCGCGCAAGCAUUGGAUGAUCCAUUUCUGCAAUCUGUCAGGAGCAAGCAUCAAGCGACAGGCAUCAUCUCAACACUACCCGAGAAGCCAUCCAUCACGCAGCGGGUGCAAUCCACCACCAGUCGGGCUGCAUCUCGCAAUGGUCUGGACAGCUCACGCGCACUGGAAGCACAACUCAGCCAAGAUUUUGCUCGUGUCGCUGUUGCAGACGGCAUGCCGAGCUCAUCUGCUCCUGCCGCGCUACCAUCACCACGAUCAACACGUUCUCGUAAAGCCACUAUGACUUCAUCGCAGCAGAAAUAUCGCGACUGCCAGGAAGCUCAGCUGCCAGCUCUGAAGCCUGCGACGAUGCCGAAGGACAAGAAGAAGAAGGGAAGGAAGGACGACGAGGACUAUUGGGCGAACGCGGGCGAGCCAGCGCCGCUAAGCAACGGCGCGGCGAGCGAUGGCGAAGAUGUGCCCAGUCGCCCGAGCAAGUCUGCUUUCUCCUUUGCUCAGCUGGCCGCAGAACUCGAUGGCGGAGGUGACGAUGAGGACGAUGAGCAAGGUGGCGGGGGUCUCAUGGCGGCCAUCUCAAAAUCAAAGCAAUCCACCGAACCUGCUCCUAAGAAGGACAAGAAGAAGAAAGGCAAGAAGGCCGCUGCUGCAGUGGACGAGGAUGUCAUGGACGUCGACUCACCUGCACUCGACUCGAAAGCGCCCAUCGAGAUGACAGCAGAGGAUCUCAUCGAUGAAGAGUUUGGGCCUGCAAAGUCAAAAGGCAAGAAGAAGAGCAAAGGCAGCAAGAAGGUCGUCAUAGAUGCAGAGCCGGAUGAGCCAGACGAAGCUCCUCAAGUACCCCAGGCCCAAGACGAGGCCAAAGCGAUCGAGGAUCCUGCAGAGCCCGAAAAUGACGAGGAAGAGGGCACGACGCGCGUUCUAAGCAAAAAGGAGAAGGAAAAGCUCAAGAAGGAGAAAGAGAAGGCAAAGAAGAAGGCUCAAGCUGCUGCCAAGAAAGCUCAAGCAGGACCGGCACCCUCUGAGCCCGUCACGUCCACCAAAGCCACGGACGCGUUGGUAGCGGAAGGCGGAACUAUCGAUGCCGAUGAACCUGUCGCUGCAGAGGCCGAUGUGUCUACCACCAAGGAAGCGUCAGACGACGAAGAGGGAGGUGCAGCUGCCAGCUCAGCAAAAAACAAGAAAAAGAAGAAGAAGAAAGCUGCUGAACCCGUGGAAGCACCCAAAGAAGCUGCCAAACCUCCUGCAAAGAGCGGGGGCAAGAUCUCUGCUCUGCGAGCUGCCAUGGAAAAGCAGAGGGCCUUGCAGGAGGAAGCCAGGAGGAAAGAAGAGGAAGAGCGACUCAGGCUCGAAGAAGAGGAGCGGCAGCGUGAGCAAGAGGAGCAAGACAGGGAGCGACUGAAGCAGGAGCGCAAAGAGCGUGAGAAGGCUAAGCGGGAGCAACUGCGCAAAGAGGGCAAGUUGCUCACACCGAAGCAAAAAGCGGAACAAGCGGCUGCAAAUGCGCGUCGAGAAGCCUUACUCGCAUCAGGUGUCAAAAUUGAAGGUCUGCAAAAGGACACGGCUGAUAGCUCAGUUGGUCCGCGCAAGGUGACUUAUGCCAGCAAGAAGAAGUCCGCAAAGAAACCCUCUGGGCCAGUUCCACCUGUCUUGCCGUUCCAACCCGAACCAGAACCUGCAGAAGCGCCUAGCGAAGUAGCCGAUACGCCAGCAGCCGAACCUGAGCCAGUUGCAGAAGCCUCGCCCGAGCCUGUUAAGCCUGAGGAAGACGUCGCAGAGGAAUGGGAUGCAACAUCCGAGGAAGAUGUUGCUAAGCCUCAAGCGGCCGUUGCUGCUGUCAAGGAUGAUUGGGACGCCAGCGAUGACGAAGACCCUGCACCUGCGCCUGUGGCGACGACCAAAGUUUCUCCGAAGCCUGUCAGUCAGCCUGCUUCUGCCGGCAAAAACGGGCCUGCAGUAGCGAGUAAAACUGUUCCGGCAGCUUCGAGUAGAGCCGCGGUCUCAGCUAGCAAGGCAACAAGCUCUGCUAAGCCUGCGGCUAAGUCGGCGUCUGUCAACGGAUCAGAAAAGUCAAAUCCUGCGCCGGCAAAGGUGGCAGCAGUCGCUAAGCAGACAGGCAUGUCGACGACCAGUAAGCCAGCAGCAAAAGCGAAAGCGCCGGUCUCGUCGGACGAAGAGUCUGACGAUGAUUCUGAUGAGGAUAGCGACGACGACUCGGAUGACGAUAGCGAUGAUGACUCUGAUGAGGAUAGCGAGGACGAGAGGAUAUCUGCUGUGCAAGCAGCAGCCGCAAAGCGGAAAGCCGAAGCAGCUGAGCGACGGAAGCAGCGCUAUGAGGCGGCUAUGGCCGCACGAAGCAAGGAUGAUCUGCGCAGUCCUAUUUGCUGCAUUCUCGGUCACGUCGAUACUGGCAAAACGAAACUGCUUGAUAAGAUUCGUCAGACUGAUGUACAAGGAGGCGAAGCGGGUGGUAUUACCCAGCAGAUCGGUGCGACUUACUUCCCAAUGACCGCCAUUCGUUCAAAGACAGACAUCCUCGGACCCGCUGCAUUGAGCGAGUACAAGCUGCCCGGUCUGCUCGUGAUUGAUACGCCCGGUCACGAGUCAUUUACAAACCUGCGCACACGAGGCAGCUCGCUUUGUAACAUCGCAGUCCUUGUCGUCGAUAUCAUGCACGGCCUCGAGCCGCAAACACUCGAAUCGCUCCGCUUACUGCGAGAUAAGAAGACACCUUUCAUCGUUGCACUCAACAAGAUCGACAGAAUGUACGGCUGGGAAGCUAUCCCCAACAAUGGUUUCCAAGAUUCGCUUGCAAAGCAAAACCGGGCAGUUCAGAAGGAGUUCGAGAAUCGCUUGCGAGACACCAUGACGGCUUUUGCCGAGCAAGGUCUGAACGCUGUGCCGUACUACGAAAAUACCAACCUUGGGCGCAACGUCAGCUUGGUACCCACGUCUGCAGUCACGGGCGAAGGCGUACCUGACAUGCUCAUGCUGCUCGUCAAGCUCACUCAAGAACGUAUGAGCGACAGGCUCAUGUAUCUGUCCGAGCUCGAGUGUACCGUGCUCGAGGUCAAGGUUAUCGAGGGCCUCGGCACGACUAUCGACGUCGUCUUGUCAAACGGCGUGCUACACGAAGGCGACCGUAUAGUCGUCUGUGGGCUCAAUGGGCCGAUUGCGACAAAUGUGCGAGCAUUGUUGACACCCGAGCCGCUCAAGGAGCUUCGUAUCAAGGGCGCGUAUGUUCACCACAAGACUGUCAAAGCGUCACUCGGUAUCAAAAUUUCCGCUCCGGAUCUCGAAAAGGCUGUCGCAGGCUCGCGACUGAUGGUCGUCACUGAGGACGAUGACGAGGAAGAGAUCAAGACGGAGAUUAUGACAGAUUUGCAGAACUUGCUUGAGUCUGUUGAUAAGACCGGUCGAGGCGUAUGGGUGCAAGCAUCAACCUUAGGCUCGCUGGAAGCAUUGCUCGAAUUUCUCAAGACGAGCAAGAUUCCCGUCUCUGGCAUCAACAUUGGCCCCGUACACAGACGAGACGCUAUGCGUGCGUCUGCCAUGCUCGACAAGGCUCCCGAGUUCGGCGUCAUGCUGUGCUUUGACGUCGAUGUUGACAAAGAUGCUGAAAAGCUUGCUGACGAAGUCGGCUUGAAGAUCUUCAAGGCCAACAUCAUCUACCACCUCUUCGAUGCUUUCACUGCAUAUAACGAAGCCAUGCUGGAAGCGAAACGAAAGGAUUCAGCGCCCAAGGCGGUCUGGCCGUGCCGAUUACGCACCAUCGCUUGCUUCGCUAAGCGCGAGCCUAUCAUUCUCGGCUGUGAUAUCACGGAAGGCACUCUGCGAAUAGGUACGCCGCUGGCGGCGCUCAAGAUCGACGCAGAGACGAAGAAACGUGAGAUUGUGCCCCUGGGAAGAAUAACGGGCUUGGAGAUCAAUCACAAAUCGUUCGAGAACGUCAAAAAGUCUCAAGCAGGCGGCGGUGUCGCUGUCAAGAUCGAAAGUGCUGUCUACGAUAGCAGCAAGAUUUAUGGCAGACACUUCGAUGAUAAGGAUGAGAUCGUCAGCUUGAUCUCGCGCGCUUCCAUUGACGUCAUGAAGACAAUCUUCCGAGAUGAGAUGACGAAGGACGACGUCAAGCUCAUCUCUGCUCUCAAACGCGACCUCAACAUUGCCUGA